AUGUUGGAGAAGAAGUUUACUAAUAAAGAUUUAGGAAUCGAAUUGACUUCAUAUAUUGAUAAACAGCAAAAUGUUUGGUUCAUAGGAAAAGAUGUUUCAACUAUUCUAGGUUAUAGUGAUACUGACCAGUCUAUUAGAAAACAUGUUGACUCUGAAGACCAAAAAUCUUUUCCCGUCGUUUCGACGGGUUAUUCCAAAAGAGGUAGACCUCCUAUUUUUAUAAAUGAAUCUGGUUUCUACUCCCUUUUGUUAUCCUCUAAAUUAGAAACAGCUAAGAAGUUUAAACAUUGGGUAACUUCACAAGUCCUUCCUUCAAUAAGAAAAUAUGGACAGUACAAAAUAUUUGAUAGUCCUUGGAAUAAGAUGAUAAUGAUUGGUAAUGAGACAGAUCUUCAUUACAAAGUUGUUCAACUAAUUAGAAAUUUUUAUCCUGAUUCUAUAUUAGUAGCUGGACUGGGAGAGAAUCAAGAUACUGAGGAAAAGAGACUAGAUUCAUAUAAGAAAGGUUAUCAACGAGGCCAACCAGAUCUAAUGAUUCUAGAUUAUCACCGGGAAUAUAAAGGUCUCUGUAUUGAAUUCAAAUCACCAACUAACAAUUACUGCGUAUCAGAAUCACAGCUAAAAACUAAAGAUAAAUAUAAAAAUAAUGAAUAUGCAUAUAUUCUAAGUAAUGAUUAUGAUAAGAUCAGCAAAAAUAUACAUAAGUAUAUG